AUGCAGUGGGUAAGUGAUGGUGUUUCUCCUGCCAACAGUGACUCCCGUGCUGAGGUUCUCUAUCUCCAGCAGUGUCUCUCGUAUCUCAUCAAUCUUACCAAAACAAGUCUUGAGCAAAUCCAAAUUACCGCUGAAAGUGCACUGAAGAGUCCACAAACGGAUGGCAGACUGCCAACGUGGAGUAAAGACGUGCACACGACACUUCAUAAGUUGAUGGAACUGGUGGAAAGGGCACAGAAUGAUGUGCGGCUGGUCAGCAGCUUAUCAUCAUCAUCUUCAUCAUUAGAAGGGGUAACAUCAGCAGCAUUAUCGUUUUCUUCGUUGCAAUUACCCCAAACUGUUGGAGAAUCAACUGAGAAAGAAAUUGCCCCAGUAAUUUACCCCUUUAUGAAGAACAAGAGUAAUAGUAAUAAUAAUGAUAAUAAUAAUAAUACCGGUAAGGAUAUGCGAAAUGAUGAGUUUGAGAAGGCAUAUCAGCUGGCACGACUACUACAGGAGAGGAACGCCGCUAGAGAAAAGCUUAUGGUCGCUGAAAGAACAAGUGUAUCACUUCAAGAGGAACUGACUUCACUAAAGGAAGAACAUAAUCGUCUGCUUCACAUGAUAACACAACAACACGGAGUAACUCCCAUGAGAAAAGAUAUAUCUACAGACACUCAUUUACCCUACACUAUUUCAUUAGAGACAACAAAGGAGGCUAUGCGACAAAUGUACGACCGCCGAGUGCAAACAUUAGAGGAAGAGCUUAUGCGUGCUAGAGAGGAACUUCAACGAUUAAAAUCAGGGGAUAGUGAAUCUUUGGUGAAUAAGACUCUUUCUUUAAGAAAAUUUCACAGAAAAAACAAUAGUGAUAGUCAUGAUGAUUAUAUGGCUGAUAAUAGUGAAAAUACUAAUCAUAUUAAUACUAAUAGCUGUAAUGUUGAGGGAAUGGUUGCUAACAUGGAUGGAACACAUAUUACUGGUUUCCAGUCUGAACCAUCUAUGGAGGGUCUGCGGCGUCAAAACACAUUUCUGCGUAAUAAAAUCACUCAAAUACGAGAAGAGCUGCAUACAAGUCAACAAGCCUCUAUAGGUGGAGCAGAGCAGCUAAAUGAAGGACUCACUGUUCUACUACAGAAGAUUCGGGAACAGGAACAAGAAUUAGUAUUGAAAGAAAGACAAAGAGUAGAUGCGGUGUUAGCACAUGAGAUGGCAAAAGGAGAGAUUGGACGACUUAAGGCACGUGUAGAGAAGAUGGAAUGGGAACGAGCACAAACACAGAGAACAAAAGAUGUUUCUAGUACCACAAUGGAAUAUGAUCAACACCCGGAUAACCUUACUACUACUAUUACUACUACUCCUGUUGGUUCACAGUUAAGACUUACUGCGCUGAAAGAGGAACUACAUCAGCAGUAUCAAACUAUAGAUGAUUAUAAAUUACGUGUACGGCAACUUUCACGUUCUCUUGACCAAGCGCAGGCAUUACUACUAAAGAAGGAUACCAAUAUGGAGAAGCUGCAGUUGGAGUUGACAGAGGUUCGUGGAAUGCUAGAACUUGUGCAAUCACAACUGGAACACACACGAGGGCAAGAAGAAAUGAUAUCAAUGAUGGAGAUGCAGCUACAAGAGACGAUCUCUACACUAUUACCUGCAUACUUGCAUAAGGAUAUAGAAAAGAAUGAAGGAAAUGGAAAUGGAAAUGAAAGUAGUAUCAAUGGCACAGUUAAGAAACGACUGGACUCCAUCUUGGAACGCAUCUCUGUGCUGGAGGCGGCGGAUCUUCAAUUACGACAAAAAAGUGAUGAAAUUGUGAUUCUACAGGACGAGAAAACAGCAGUUGUGGAGGAAAAUAAUAAACUACAAGAAACACUUUCAAAUCUAUCACUUCUGUUUAGAUCUAUGCCGCAGAGUAGAAGAGAGGUGGAGCGAUUGAUGGUGGAGCGGGAUGUCUUCUUUGCCACUCUGCAGCGCUGCGAACGUCGGGCAGAAGUGCCAAACAUGAAGGAGACGUGUAGGACUGUGGAACUGCGAAUAAUGGAGCUGUACACAAAACAACAACAACAACAACAACAACAACAACAACUACGAGAAAAAGAAGAAAAAGAAAUAGAAGAAGAACAACAAGAACAGGAAAAACAACUGGAAGAGGAACAAAAAUUAAAGAAUAGCCCAUUAAAACAGAACCCACACGCUCUGCAGUCACCAUUCAAAAGACCCCAUCAGGAGCCGAUAGAGUUGCAGUUAUUAAAUAGAUCACCAUCUAUCGUGGUUGUAGAGGAGGAGGAGGAGGAGGAAGAAGAAGAAAAAGAAGAAAAAAAAAGAAAAAAAAAAGGGUAA